AUGACGUGGAAAGAAGAGGAUGCAGGCUCUGCGGAAAAGGGCCAGGUCGUGACCGAGGGUCACGGCCACAGCGCCGUCCUCAACCAGGUCGCCUCCGUGCAGCCUCACCCGGACUUCAUGACCAGGACCGGCCUGAACGUUGAGUCUUUCAAGUGCGCUCACUACGGCCCCGGCCUCGUCGAGCUGGAGCGGCCUAUGAAGCAGCGCCAUCUGAACAUGAUUGCCAUCGGCGGCUCCAUCGGUGCCGGCUUCUUUGUUGGUUCCGGCAGUGCCCUCUCCAACGGUGGCCCUGUGCAUGCCCUCGGCGAGCUGGCCGUCAUGUAUCCCGUGUCCGGUAGCUUCUACGUCUACUCCGCCCGAUUCAUCGACCCGUCCUGGGGCUUCGCCAUGGGCUGGAACUACGUCUUCCAGUGGGCGUCGGUGCUCCCGCUGGAGCUCACCAUCUGCGGCAUCACCAUCCAGUACUGGAACCAGGACAUCAACAUCGCCGUGUGGAUCACCGUCUUCCUCGUCGUCAUCGUCAUCGUCAACGUCUUCGGUGCCAUCGGCUACGCGGAGGAGGAGUACUUCUCCGCACUCUUCAAGCUCACCGCCACCGUCAUCUUCAUGAUCAUCGCGCUGGUCCUCGUGCUCGGCGGCGGGCCCUCGGACGGCCGCUACAACCACUACAUCGGCGCCAGCCUGUGGUACGACCCGGGCGCCUUCGCCAACGGCUUCAAGGGCUUCUGCUCCGUCUUCGUCACCGCUGCCUUCUCCUUCUCCGGCACCGAGCUCGUCGGCCUGGCCGCCGCCGAGGCCAAGAACCCGCUCAAGGCGCUGCCCAGCGCCAUCAAGCAGGUCUUCUGGCGCAUCACCCUCUUCUACAUCCUCGGCCUCUUCUUCGUUGGCCUGCUGAUCCCAUACAACGACAAGGAGCUGCUCAACGCCGGCGCCUACGACGACCCGCACGCCUCGCCCUUUGUCCUCGUCGGCAAGUACGCCGGCCUCAAGGGCUUCGACAGCUUCAUGAACGUCACCAUUCUCAUCUCGGUGCUCUCCAUCAGCGUGUCGAGCGUCUACGGCGGCUCGCGCACCCUGACCGCCAUGGCCCAGCAGGGCUACGCCCCGCGGCUCUUCACCUACAUUGACAAGUCCGGCCGCCCGCUCUUCUCCGUCAUCCUCAUCAUCCUCUGCGGCGGCAUCGCGUAUGUCAGCCUCGACGCCACCGGCCCGGUCGUCUUCUCCUGGCUGCAGGCCAUCUCCGGCCUCGCCGCCCUCUUCACCUGGGGGUCCGUCUGCCUCGCCCACAUCCGCUUCCGCCACGCGUGGAAGUACCAGGGCCACACAGUCGACGAGAUCCCCUUCCGCGCCGCCUGCGGCAUCUGGGGCUCGUAUCUCGGACUCUUCCUGAACAUCGUCGUGCUCAUGGCUCAGUUCUACACCGCGGUCGCUGCCCCGAUCGGCGAGACCGGCCUCGGCACGGCCAAGUCCUUCUUCCAGUCAUACCUGGCCGCGCCGGUCAUUCUCUUCUUCUGGGCCGUUGGAUAUCUCUGGAAACGCCAGGGCUUCCUCAGGCUGUCUCAGAUCGACGUCGAUACCGGUCGACGCGAACUUGACUGGGAGGAAAUCAACGCCCACCGCGCCCAAGUUGCUUCUUGGCCUAGGUGGAGACGCAUCGCGCACGUCUUCUUCUAA